AUGCCUCGUCAACCAAAAGCUGCCAAAGAUCCAAAUGCUCCCAAACGUCCAUUAUCAACAUUUUUCUUAUUUUCUCAAGAUGAACGUCCAAAAAUAAAAAAGGACAAUCCAUCAUUAUCGGUUGCUGAAAUAGCCAAAGUGAUUGGUGAACGGUGGCGUGGAAUCGGGGAAGAUGCUAAACGAAAAUAUGAAGAAAGAGCCAAAACUGAAAAAGCUCGAUAUGAAAAAGAAAUGGUGGAUUAUAAAGCAUCAAAAUAG